AUGAGGCCUCAGCUUGCGGCCUGGAUAUCAAUACUCCUCGCAGACCUCGUAGCGGCCGCCCCUACCGUCUCCUUCCCCAUCAACUCGCAGGUGCCCCCGGUUGCUCGGAUCGGCCAGCCCUUCGCGUUUGUCUUCUCGCCCUCGACCUUCACCUCGAGCUUCCCCCUCACGUACACGCUGGCCAAUGCCCCCCGAUGGCUCUCGAUCGACAGCAGCAACCGGCGUCUUUUUGGCACGCCAAGUGAAGGAGAUGUCGGCCCGGGCGAGGUGGUGGGAAUUCCAGUAAACUUGGUGGCAACAGACCAGACCGGCUCAACAACACAUGAAGCUACGCUUGUUGUGUCAAGAAAUCGAGGACCCAAUGUCGAGAUCCCUCUGGAGCAACAAAUACCAAACUUUGGCAUAUUUUCCAGCCCAUACUCGAUUCUGUCUGGCCCAGACGCGCCAUUCUCCUUCGCCUUGGACCAGAAGACGUUUACAAGUGUCUCGAACAGUCGCCUAGGCUACUGCGCUGUCAUGGCUGACAAUACACCGCUCCCGGCCUGGGUUUCAUUCGAUCCAGACAAACUGUCCUUCUCCGGACGAACGCCUCCACUUGACUCUUUGAUACAACCGCCACAGCGCUUCGCUUUCCACUUGGUUGCUAGCGAUGUGGCAGGUUUCGCAGGUGCCGCGUUGCAAUUCGAUCUCGUGGUGGGAGUUCAUCAAAUCUCUGCAGAGGAAACGACCAUCAUCUUGACUGCCGUCCCGGGGAAACCUGUAUCUUACACCAAGCUGAAGGAUAUCGUCAAAAUCGACGGGAAGCCACCCAGCACUGGCGAGGUCACACUCGACAUAAGCUCCGACAUGCCUGCUUGGCUGUCUGUCAACAAAGACAGCUGGGAUAUUACGGGCACCCCUACGGAAAAGUCCACAUCGACCAAUUUCACCAUAACAUUCCAGGACAAUUUCUCCGAUACUCUCAACAUCACCAUGCUGGUGGACGUGGAAAGCCAGGUCACGAAGGCGGCUGGUGUCUUCAAAGGAAGUUUACCGAUCUUGACAGCCACCCCUGGCCAACAUUUUUCCUUUGAUUUCCGGCCCCAUCUGGUCAGUCCAGACGACAUCGAGAUUUCAGUUUCGCAGGGCGACUCAGCAUCCUGGAUCCGGUUCGACGCCGGCCGAAAGACCCUGUCUGGACACCCUCCCUCUGUCUCCAAAGACACCAUUGCUGCGCUGGAGGUCUCGGCGCAAUCGAGAUCAUCCAACAAGUCUGACAAGCUGUCCAUGAAACUACUAAUUCGAGCGGCAGAACACUCUACACCUAACCCCGAUACGCCCUCAGAUGCAGACUCAACGCCUCUCGGCGGUGUCCUCCCAGUCGGGGGAGAUGCUGCUUCAAGCGGGAAGGUCAAUGUGGUGUUGUUGGGGAUACUUUUGCCAACAAUUUUAUCCGCUUUUGUCGUGGCAUUCGCCGUGUUCUGGUGCUACCGAAGACAAAAAGCGAAGCAAAGGCCACGGCUUACCACUCGCGAUAUCUCAGGGCCUCUACCGGGGUCUUUUGUGAUCACGUCUAAUGGACCCAACACCGCGCCAUCUCUCCCCGAUAUCAGUCACAACUUUGACAGAAGCUUCACUGUCGGCGAUGUGUUUACGCCAGAAAAGAAGAUGUACGUCGAGUCACGCAGCUCGUUUUUGACCAAGGGGGGCGCGCCUACAUCCCUGGCUACCGUCAAGUUACUCCCCCCGAGCGUCCGGUCCAAGCACGGGGGUGCCGGUGGCGGACGGAUACCUUUCUUAGGGGGCGGAAGUUUUGGUGCCAUGUGGCUCGGGAGCUCUCUGGCGUCUAUUUCCGAGAGAAGUGUUAACGACGAGGCGGGCGAGAUGGAUGCACGUACAGCCGGGCUGCUUGGGAAUAAGACAACAGGGUCUUUCCAGGACGGGAUUGAGAUCAACAUUCCCAGCGUUCAAGGGACGCCCAGGUCGAGGUACAAUGACUCUCCAAACUCGCCAUAUCAACCUCAUGCGAUGGCAAGUCCUCGGUCCCGUUCUUCCUCGGCAGGAUCCGACCCAGAGACGUUCCCGCUUCGAGCAGAAUCGAGACUGGCACAUUACGGACCGCCGGAAAUCACGAGGAGAUUCAUGUGGCCGUGGUUCAGGGGAAACAACUCGAGAAGCCGCAGCUCCAAGCUCCGCUGGGGCUCAAGGACACAUAGCAAGCAACCGAGUACGUCGACGGUCGAUACAUUUGCCUACAAGAGAACAGGGCAGUCUAUCAAUCUAGGGUAUGCCGAUGCGGGGAUGGCGCCUGAGGUAACACCGCCUCCUCGUGCAAGACUUAUUGGGGCAGUUCCACUGGCUCGGCCAGUAACCAGGAGGGGGCCUACCGAUGCGAGUCUGGAAGGCAUGAUCCUCAGUCAUGGCCAGAGUGGGAUGAGUAUUCCCAUGAAUGCGCCGCCAACAACCCCUGGGGGACCUGGUGCUCCAAGCGUCGCCUCUCAAAAAGACAUCUCUCUACCCCCUCUACCCGACUGGCGAGAGUCACCCGACGACUUCCUGGGUCUCUCCUAUGAUGAUCUGGUCAAGAACUCAUCUUUCCACCCGUCGGCCACAUGGCAAUCAAUUUCUACAAAUACAAACGACGAGUGGGUGGAUGAGACAGUCGUGAGCAUGGACACGCCACAGAGGGAAACGGCCAAGAAGGAUAUGGGCACACCGUCUAACUGGGCCGUGUUGCAAGACUCACCAUUUAUCAAAGACUGGGAUGCCGGGAUCGACUCGCCGUCGCCCGUGUCGAUAGGACCAGGAGACGCUUCCACUCCUGCUGGAAAUGAGAAGCGGGAGCAGCAGCCGACGUCAUCGAGGACACAGCCGUCCAACAUAAGUGCUGCAGUAGGUUACAAGAGAGAAUUCCAACGGGACCAGUCUGGACUGCCUGGGCGUAGUGAGUCGAAAGGGGUAUCGUUAAUGUCGGGCAAAAGUAGGGAGGAGGAGUCAGACUUUGCGGUAUAUAUUUGA